UGUCCAGGGGCGCGGUCUUCUGGGCAUGUUUUCCAAGUCCUCCCUCUCCCUCACACUCACACUCUGUCAGUCAUUCUCAUUCAUUCACUCGCUCACACUCAAACAAUUCUUCCAGCUCUUGUCCUGCUGCUCUUUAGUUGUAGGACAUUUCCAAUCUGUGUAACAGAGCCGACGACAAGUGAGACGACUAUGGUCCGCCAGCAUGUGAGCACCAGCUAUUCACGCUGUUCCUGAACCAAUUACUCCCUCUGCCUGGUCUUAUCCUGCUUCUCGGCUGUCCCGUUUGAAUGACAAACUUACAGCAGAAAUUCCAAAACAAGAUGGCCAAAAUUUGAAAGGAUUAGCACUUACACUUAGAAAAUGACUGCUGGACUAAGAUCAAAGCACAUUGUAGGUGACUGUUCAAGUUAUGAGUUGUCUUAUGGCCUUGGCUCACCACAAAGUGUGUUUGUAAUUACGCCUUAAAAGUGAUUAUUUAUCCAUUUCUUUCCUUUUGUCAAAAUGAGUCAAGUUCUGCAUUAAAUUCCAAGCUUUAUAACCCCAGGGGUGUUUCCUGAUACAGGUCUAACCUGGCUGAACAUAAUAUACCUUUACACCCUUUAUACUUAACACUUAUCUUACCAAGAAUGCAUGAAAAUCCUUGGACUUAGUUGCCCCAUGUUCUGUGGAAAAAAAACUGUUAGAUUUACAGUAACCCAAAGGAAACGCUUGCAACAAUUCAUGCAAUCAUCUAGUUAAUAAUAUGAACAUAAUUCUACUUAAAACUGCCCUCUGCACUGAAUCAAAUAUGAUACUUAGCUUUGUACUUACCUGCGGUGUCUUUUUGAAUAGCAAAAUAUGUAUAUAAAUCAAAGUGAAAUUUUGUUACAGUUUCAGAUGGUCUUAAAAAAUACUGCUGAAGUAAAACCUGUCAAAGACACUUGGCAACCGCUGUACAUUACACAAACCGCAGCAUAAUAAAGGAUAUUACUCACAAAGACUGAGUAAGGUACCUCCGUAACACCCAAGGUGGGACACAGAGUUAAUGCUGCAGUCACGGAAACCCUAGAAAAGUCCAGAUCAGCUCAGUUCAGAAUACUUUAUUAGGCCCAAUGGGAAAUUCAUUUCUCCAGCCUGUCCCACUGAUGUAGAUAAAAAAUAGUGAGUCUUUUCCAGGUCUGUAAAUUAUAGAAAAUUAUAUUUGAAAGGUUUUGGCAAUGUCAGGAAACACUUCAUAAUAUUAUUUUCUUCUCUAAGCGAAGUGUUUACUGCCGGGCAGUUAUCCUGGAAGAACAUGUUAUCUUUGAAAGGUUUGUAACCCAAUAAUCACCCUCAUUAUCACCCAAAUAACAUUUUUCCAGAUCACAUAAGUGCAAUCUGAUAGUUGCAGUUAGUCAGAACAAGACCUAGGCCCAGCAAGGUAGCUAUUGUACAGCCUGUAAGAUAGUAAAUGCAUUUUACACAAACAUAGACAAGAACAAAUACUGGUCUGCCAUGAAAUAUUCAUGAGAAAUUCUCAAAGAAUGUGCAGCAGCCCUUUAUUUUAGUAAUCGUUUUGUUCUUCGUCUGAGCGGUCCCCUGAUUGGGCUGUAGUUCACAGAGUUCAGCAAGUCUCUCUGGUGUUAUCUAGUGAUAAAGGAAAUUUCCAUGUUUGGCUCAGUGAAGUACUACUCAUAUUUUGGAUGAAAGUGUGGUAUAUAACAAGCGACAAGAAAAUAAUGUGUAAGAACUUUUUCUGAGGCAGCUUAGGAAAAGGAGGCAAGUUACACACACCAUGAAUCAUGUUUUCCUUAUAAGUGAUACUUUGUAAGUGUGUGUUACUGUUUAAUGAUGCAUGUUAGAGUGAUUUGACCUUUUGACACUUUAUCCUUAUGAUGGAUUACCUUUUUGUUUCCACAGCGGUAAAUGAGUCUGAACUGUCUCCAUUUGCUCUGGUGUUAAAGAGGAUCCUUGUAGUACUAAUGAGAAUGUAAGGAGUAUUACGGGCCGGUAUGUAAAAACAUCUUGUCUGGUGUUAGAAGAUGGGAAACAGUCUGACACACUUUAGACCACAAUGUAAUAAUUUGGUUCAAUAACUAAAUCAUUCAUUAUUUGUUCAUUUAUAUGGGCUUAUGAAACUAUUCAGAAAUACUAACAUGUUAACAAUACAGGGGGCCUUGUUUUGUGAUCCAUUACAUUCCAUUACAGUAUCUGUAAUGGAAACUGCCCCCUUCAUUCAUUUUCAUUUCAAAGCAAAUUGAUGAGUUAAAAUGUGAUUCUAGACAGGAAAGCAAUGAGUCAUUCUCGGGAAAAGAUACGGGGGGAAAAAUCACAAGGUCAAAAAAGUUGCCAACUUUGCUCCUAGAUACUGAUGCACUUUGACACGUUUAAAAAUAAGCUAAUCCAAUUUUGGUCUUUACUCAGAAGAGGCAUAUUGUACCAAGAAAAUGUGAAUUUUCUAACACAAAAUGAGAUCGGACAGGAUCAGAAGGUUUUGUCAGCUUGCAUAUCUGCAUGGUGUACAAGUGUGCAGUAUGAUUCGAAGAAAAAGUCAAGCACAAAGACUGAAAAUAUGACAGCUCUGCGUGGCUGGAUGAGAGAAAUUAGGCGUGGUUAUGACAGUUGUAAACAAGUAGGGCCAAAAUGUUGAACCAGGUAUAAAAGGUGACUGGAAAUCAUGCUGUUGGAGCUGUAUAGUAGUGAUAGAGAGGCACUGCCUUCAGUAAAACAUACUCUGUAAUGGCAUUUACCUUUCAGAAAUUUGACGGUACCAAAGAAAUCUCAACAGCAGCUGGUGAAGAAUGACAAUAGCAGAGGUUUCACAUUGGAGCCCUGCACUGCAGUUCACCUCCACACUGCACCACUCAUCGGGUACUGAGUUCACAGCGGACCAGAUUGAGGACUUCAAGGAGGCUUUUGGUCUCUUUGACAGAGUUGGUGACAACCAGGUGGCCUACAACCAGGUGGCCGACAUCAUGCGCGCUCUGGGACAGAACCCCACCAACAAGGACGUCGCCAAGAUCCUGGGCAACCCUUCCGCUGACGACAUGGCCAACAAGAGGCUCAACUUCGACGCUUUCCUGCCAAUGCUGAAGGCCGUCGAUGCCAUCCAGAAGGGUACCUAUGAUGACUACGUUGAGGGUCUGCGUGUCUUCGACAAGGAGGGCAACGGCACAGUCAUGGGCGCUGAGCUGCGCAUCGUGCUGUCCACCCUGGGAGAGAAGAUGACUGAGCCCGAGAUUGAUGCCCUCAUGGCCGGACAGGAGGACGAGAACGGCAGUGUGCACUAUGAGGCUUUCGUCAAGCACAUCAUGUCUGUGUAAGAGGCCAGCAGUAGGAGUGCUGAGGACACUGUAGCUUGUCUACAGAUUGCCAAACGGUGUCAGGACAUCCACACUGUUUCAAAGACCAACCUAGGAAAGACAAGGACUAUGUACAAGGGAUGUUGAAGCCAAACCAUGUUGUUUAUUUUGUUUUCCACUUUGUCUCCGACCCUCCUGUCUGACUGGAAAUCACCAACACCUCUCCGUUGUAGACCCCCUCACCUGGCCUCUACCCCCCCGGGGCGUGUCUCCACCCGCCACAUGGGGUGAGGAACGGGGGAGGAGGGGUGACCGCUCAUCAAGUGAGGGUUGAUCCCUCCCUUCCCACCUGCCACCUCAUUCAGUCUCGCCAUCACUGGCCCAGCAACGCCAAAGGCGCUGGAGGUUGGCUGUGGAUUGGCCGCCAAACUUCUCCCCCCUCCCUGAAAAGUUUUAUUUAUUUUCACUCCAUUCAUUUCAGAAUAAACUUUUCCAAACUGACAUCCCA